ACGUACCACGAACCAGGUACGGCAACCACUUUUGAUAGAACCAAUGUUAAGCUUUAUGGUGUUACACGGCGAGGCAACUCAGUUUGCGCAAUCGUCACUGAUUAUUUUCCAUAUUUUUAUUUCCAGGCUCCAGAGCACUUUUCUUCCGAGCAUCUUGACACUACUCAAAGGAGCUUAAACAGCUCUAUAGCGAGUUCGCUUCGGAAAGCGAACUCAAGUCUUUCUAUGUCCUCUGCAGUUGUAGAUAAUUUAGUGCAUUUAAGCAUCGUUUUUGGAGAAAAUCUCUACUAUUAUCGUGGAUCUGAGAAAAAGUAUCCAUUUAUUAAAGUUAGUGGGACAACUAAUGCGUUAAACAAGGCAAAACAAGAAUUGAAAAGCAAUGGAUUAUCGUAUGGUUCAGGAACAACACAGGUUGGUACGCUCUAUGAAGCCAAUAUUGAUGCUGAAGUCAAGUUCAUGGCCAAAAGCGGUAUAGUUGGAUGUGGGUGGGUGGAAAUACCCACAGAAAAAGGGAGAAUCGUCAGUAAAUCAGCGCAGAGCUCAAGGUGUCAAAUUGAAGUAGAAGUAAAGCUACCAGAUUUGUUGGUACAUGAGCCUGAAGGCGAAUGGGCCGAUGUUGCUCCUUUUUAUAGAACACUUUCUUUCGACAUAGAAUGUAUGGGUCGUCGUGGAGUGUUUCCCGAUGCAAGUGAGGACUCGGUGAUUCAAAUUGCCAACAUGGUUAAGGUUGAAGGCGAAUCCGAACCAUUUAUACGGAAUUGCUUUGUAUUAGGAACUUGCGCUCCGGUUAUUGGUUCUGAGAUUAUUCAGUGCGAAAGCGAGAAGGAUUUACUGGAAAAGUGGGCUGAGUUUGUUCGAAUAGUGGAUCCUGAUAUCUUGACUGGAUAUAACAUCCUAAAUUUCGACUUGCCAUACAUAUUGGACCGGGCGAAGGUGCUUAAACUUCCUUCUGUCUCCAUGCUAGGACGACAGCUUGACCGGGCAUCUGGUGUACGUGAUGCGGCCAUUUCUUCGAAGCAAAUGGGAAGCCGUGUUAACAAAAGCAUAGAUAUCCAUGGUCGGGUCAUCUUUGAUGUUUUGCAGGUUGUUUUACGUGAUUACAAACUGCGAAGUUACACUUUAAAUAGCGUGUCCUACCAUUUUCUGUCAGAACAAAAGGAAGAUGUGGAACAUAGUAUAAUUUCCGAUUUACAAAGAGGAGAUGAACACAGUCGUAGGAGACUUGCAGUGUACUGCAUGAAGGAUGCCGUUCUGCCAUUACGAUUAUUGGAAAAGCUUUUAUCAGUAAUUAACUACAUGGAGAUGGCAAGAGUAACUGGUGUCCCCUUAAAUUACCUUCUUACGAGAGGCCAGCAAAUCAAGAUUCUCUCGAUGAUGCUUCGAAAAUCUAAAGCGGACAACUUUUUCCUUCCUGUUAUUGAAGUGCAAGGUGCAGAUUCUGAGGGGUACGAGGGUGCUACAGUAAUCGAGCCAAUGCGUGGAUUUUAUAACGAACCAAUUGCAACGCUAGAUUUUGCUUCAUUGUACCCAUCUAUUAUGAUUGCCCACAAUCUGUGCUAUACAACCCUCCUGAAAAAGCCAGAAGGGGAGGAGGGUAAGGAUUAUGUCCGAACACCAUCUGGAAAUUACUUUGCAACAAAGGAACGUCGACGUGGUCUUCUACCUGUGAUAUUGGAGGACUUGUUAGCUGCACGGUACGAAGUUGUCUACCCCAUGAGUUUUAGUUAUGCAGAUUUUUUCGUAGGAUGGUGCUCAAUGAUUUCUGCCAAUUCUGUCUAUGGCUUCACUGGAGCAACAGUGGGGAAGCUACCUUGUUUGGAAAUUUCGCAAUCGGUAACUGCUUUUGGAAGGCAGAUGAUCGAUAUGACUAAGAGUGAGGUUGAAAAACGCUAUGUUGCUGGUACUCUGGAUGGAAAAUGUCCUAUAAAUGCACAAGUUAUCUAUGGAGAUACAGAUUCUGUUAUGGUUCGAUUUGGUGUGAAAACUGUUGCUGAAGCAAUGGAAAUUGGUCUACAUGCUGCCACUGAAGUCAGCAAGAUCUUCACACCUCCUAUCAAACUGGAAUUCGAGAAGGUUUACUUCCCUUAUCUACUUAUUAAUAAGAAGCGAUAUGCAGGUCUUUAUUUCACCAAACCGGAUAAGCACGAUAAAAUGGAUUGUAAGGGUUUGGAAACCGUCCGGCGAGACAACUGUCCAUUAGUUGCAAAAGUACUCAGUACAUGUCUUGAGAAAUUGAUGAUCGAUCGUGAUGCGAGUUCAGCACUAGAAUUUGCGAAGAGAGUCAUAUCAGAUUUGCUCUGCAACAAGAUCGACAUCUCUUUGCUUAUAGUUAGCAAAGAACUGACAAAGUCGGGUGAUAAAUAUCAAGCUAAACAAGCUCACGUUGAGUUAGCGGCAAGAAUGCGUAAACGUGACCCAGGAUCGGCUCCUCGACUUGGUGACAGAGUCCCUUAUGUGUUCAUUGCUUCUGCCAAGAAUGUGCCAGCGUACGAAAAAGCAGAGGAUCCUGCGUUUGUUCUUAAGAACAAUAUUCCAAUAGACACGAAGCACUAUCUGACAAACCAGCUAGCAAAACCACUGGCCAGAAUAUUUGAACCCAUAUUGGGUGAUCGCGCAGAGCGGAUUUUGACAGAAGGCGAACACACACGUAUACGAACAGUCGUUCAAAGCAAAGUUGGCGGUCUUGCAGCUUUCACAAAGAAACAAGUUACUUGUUUGGGGUGGUCUUUGUUCAGGAAAUUUACAAAUGUGAAUCUUCUUGAGCGACACUUCUCGAGACUGUGGACGGAGUGCCAAAAUUGCGCUAAAACCAUGCACGAUAAGGUGACUUGCUCGGCUUGUGAUUGUCCCAUUUACUACAUGCGUGAGAAGGUACGAAGUGAUUUAAAAGAAGCUUACUCAUGCUUAGACCGGUUUGGCAACCCAUCGUGGUGA